GAAAUCCACAUUUCUCCUACCAAAACCCAUUAACUCUUUACUCAUAGAAACCUCACAUAUAUAGACCGAGACACAUAUUUCUUGACUGCUCGUAUCUGUCCUAAUUAAUUAAGAUACACACAGUUGUGAUUCAUCGUUUUCCUCAAACAGCAUGUCUAAAUACUACGUAAAGAAACAAACCCUCAUGAAGUCCAAAGAAAUUCACAGUGAAAAGCAGAAGCAAAACACGAAUUUCUUCUCGAAAAGCCUCAAGAAAAUCUACCCCAUCGGUCUGCAGAAAAGGAGUAAUUGCUCCCCUAUCUCACUAUCUUCUCUGUCGCUCUCGUUGUCGCAGAAUUCAAUUGAUGAUUCUUCCCUGACUGACUCUUCUUCCCCACCGUUGGAUGAGAAGAUUCUGUCGGCGCUGCGCUUGAUCGCCCCCGUCCAAACACUGCCGCCGCCUUGUCCGAACGAUAUUCUUCCUAGUGAAGAAGAGCCGAGGAGGUGCAGCUGGAUCACCAAAAACAGUGAUAGAGUUUACGUGCAAUUUCACGACGAGUGCUGGGGAGUUCCAGUUUAUGAUGACAAUAAGCUGUUUGAGCUGCUUUCGAUGUGUGGACUGCUCAUGGAUUUAAACUGGACGGAAAUCCUUAAAAGAAGACAACUUUUAAGAGAAGCUUUUAGCGGUUUUGAUCCUUACAAAGUGAGCAAAAUGGGGGAAAAAGAGAUCUACAACAUAAUCUCCAAUGAAGACGUAGCUUUAGCAGAAAGGAGAGUUAGGUGCAUAGUUGACAACGCAAAAUGCAUUACUAAGGUUGCAAGAGAAUGUGGGUCAUUUAGCUGCUACAUGUGGGAGUACGUGAGCUACAAACCGGUGAUCAACAAGUUCAGACAUUCAAGAAACGUGCCGUUGAGGAGUCCAAAGGCCGAGGUGAUCAGCAAGGAUCUGCUGACACGUGGAUUCCGGUUUGUGGGGCCCGUGAUCAUCUACUCCUUCAUGCAGGCGGCCGGGAUGACCGUCGAUCAUCUCCUUGAUUGUUACAGAUAUGGGGAUUGCGUAGAUCUUGCGGAGAGGCCGUGGAGACACUUCUGAUCAUAUUUAUGACUUAUAAUUAAUUAAUCAACAGAAACUUAAAUUUAAGUAAUUUACAUAAAUAUUCAUAAUUUACAUAUUUGAGAAGAGGUGUGGAUUGGAUUGUCGUCACUCUAGCUAUCUGAGUUUUUGAGCUGUACAGACGGGGUCGGUGUGGUUCUGCUUUUUUUUUUUUUUAAUAUGUUUUAUUUGUCCAAGUGUUUAUUUAAGUUGAUGUAUAGUGUGCCUUGUGAGUUGUGAGCACUGUAUUUAGUUGGUGAAUGAUUUUAUAUUUAAGGGAAAGAAAAAAAUAUCGAUUUCA